AUGGUGAAGUCUGUGGAUAAUGGGGUUUCCCUGCCGCCGUUCUUAGUUAAAUGCUAUGAGAUGGUCAGUGAUGAGUCCACCGAUGGAUUGAUUUCCUGGAGUGAGUCGAGCGAUAGCUUCAUCAUAUGGGAUGAAUCGAGAUUUUCUUCCCAAUUGCUCCCCAAGUAUUUCAAGCACAGCAAUUUCUCCAGCUUUGUCCGCCAGCUCAAUAUCUAUGGUUUCAGGAAAAUCGACACGGACCAGUGGCAGUUUGCAAACGAGGCCUUCCGCAAAGACCAGAAACACCUGCUCAAAAACAUCAUCCGGCGAAAGCACCCGCAGAACCAAACUGAGAAAAAACCCGUCCUGCACAGAGAUGAGGAGCCCGAGGAUGAAAAGAGACUUGCCCUCUGGAAGGAGGUGGAGACUCUGAAGAUGGACAAGAUCGCCCUCACCCAGGAGUUGAAGAAGCUGAGUCAGCAGCAGCAGACCUCGAAAAGCAAGAUGGUGGUCUUGAGGGAGCAGCUGAAGGGCAUGGAGAAAAACCAGCAACAAAUGCUUUCUUUUAUCGUCAUGGCCAUGCAGAACCCUGAAUUCAUGCUCCAGUUUUUCCAGCCCAAGGAGAACACGUGGCGCGUGUCUGAAAACGGAAACACCAAAUUGAGUGAGGUCACGGACGAUUGUGGUGGGGCGAUCGUGAGAUACGGGCAGGUGGGGCCCACGAGAGCUGGGGAAGCUUCAGGGUCGGAUGGUUUGAUGGAGUUAGAUUUAUCUGUGGACGAGAUUAGGGAGCUUUUCAUGGAUAUUGAUGUGUUGCUUGAGGAAGGAUCGGUUCCCGUAGAAAGUCACGAGGUGUUUGUGGUUCCGAGUGGGGACGAGAGCGAUGAUAUGCUCGAGCAGCUUCUUCUUCCCUACCCAUCAAUGGCAAAUGUGGGGCUUGCCGAGUUGGACGGUGGAGCUGCUGCUGCUGCUAGUUCCGGGCAGAAACAGAUUGGGCUGACCAUAGAAUCUGAUGAAUCGGAAGAUUCUGGUAAUGAUGCGCUUGAUGAUGUCAGAGGGGACUCAGUCGAUGCUUUAGCUGAACGAAUGGAAGUUUUGACUUCUGAAAUUAGGGGAAGUUGA